CCAUCAGGCCUCAACUUCCUCACUGCAAAAUCUCAACUCCCAUCUUCACACUCUCUCUCUCUCUCUCGUAUUUACCCCUUUUCAACCGACGACAAUGGCGGUGAUGGAUUUGGUUGGUCAAAGGCCCAUGGUGAUCUUCAGCAAAAGCAAUUGUUGCAUCUGCUACUCCAUUACGCAACUGUUCUACGGUUUCGGUGCAAAUCCUGCGAUUUAUGAGCUUGACCAGCUUCAAAACGGGAAGCAACUGGAGAGGGAGCUGGUGGCAUUGGGGCAGCAGCCGAGCGUACCGGCCGUGUUCAUAGGGGGUAAGUUGGUUGGUGGUUCAAAUGAGAUCAUGAGCCUCCAAGUCAGGGGUGAGCUGAAGAGCGAACUCCUCAGGGCCAGGGCUAUUCAUCUCUGGAAUUAAAGAAAGGAGGGAAGAUAAAAUUAAGGAUUUUGAUUU